AGGAAAUCAAAAUAACAGCGGCUGUCAUCCAUCAGGAGAGACGCGGACGCCGCCAAACGCGCCAGCCGGCGUUCGGGUCCCACUGCUGGAGCGCGCAUGUUCUAUUCAUGAUGAUGUUAUUCUCAGGCACUCCCCCAGUUCCCCUCAAAAAAAAAAAAAAAACACACAGCAAAAUAAAUGAAAUUAAAUAAAAAGUCCGUCAAUAUUCCAGCUUUGGAGAACGCUGCGGCGGCAAACGGCGACGUCGUCUGAGCGCAACUGCGAGGGUCCGGUUCAUGGGGGAAACCCUUUUGACUCAAAUUAAAGGCAGGCUGCGCGAGGGGAAAAAAUAGAAAAAAAAAAUAAAAAAAAGCAAAAUGGGAGGAGGAGGGCAGGGAAGAAAGUGGUGGUGGUGGUGGUGGUGGUGCCAGACGCAGCGGCAGUAAGAAGCGUACGUACGUGCUUCAUCUUAGCGGCUGAGUGUGUGACGUGAUAUUGCAGCCCGCUCCUGGAGCUCCGCAAGCACCGAGCAAAGCGCGUCUAUCGCUCUGUUGUAACUCACCAGCUCCCAACAUCUCACGUCCACCCACUACGGAUCUUUUCUCUCCCCGGUGUUUUUUUUUUUUUCUCCAUCCAGCGGUGGGGGUUUCGCGCGACUUACUGGAGAAAAUAUAUCAGUGGGAAAUAGAGACGUGGAGUCUGGCGAAUUCAUUUAUGGUAAUACUGUAAGAAACGGUCUCUUAUUCUCACCACUCCAAGAAUCUCUCUCUGCCUCUCGCUGUCUUUUCGCUUUCUCUCUCUCCCCCUCUCUCUCUCUCUCUUUCUCGGUGGCCGUCGUGUGUUGUUACGCUCCGUUUUGAUGGGAAAAACCCAGAAAAAGAAGAAGACAGGGGGAUGUGAGCGGGCAGACCGGAGUGUAACGCAUUUUAUUUUCAUCCAUUGAACCAUCUUGUUGCGCCGGACUUCUAUUGUCGGGAAUGGGGAGUAUUGAUUCAACGGAGGGCUGCAGAAUUUAUUUAUAAAGGAUGUGGUCAAGUAUGUUGGGAAAAUAGCCAUAGCUCCGCAGUGUAAGGCCAAAUGACAUAGGAUGAAGGCUGUUCGAAACCUGUUGAUUUAUAUAUUUUCCACCUAUCUUCUGGUUAUGUUUGGAUUAACUGGUGCCCAAGAUUAUUGGUGUUCCACUCUGGUCAAAGGGGUAAUUUAUGGAUCAUAUUCGGUGACUGAAAUGUUUCCUAAGAACUAUACAAACUGUACAUGGACGCUGGAAAACCCAGACCCUACCAAAUACAGCAUCUACCUGAAGCUAUACAAGCGAGACUUGAGCUGCUCUGAAUAUUCUUUGCUUGCUUAUCAGUUUGACCAUUACUCACACGAAAAGAUCAAUGAAUUGCUGAAAGUCAAUGAGUCUAUAGUGUACCUGUGCGAUUCGAAGAAUAUUUAUGUAUUUUUGCUGUAUGACAAGAAUUUCGUCCAACUACGGAGAGUUUUCCCUUAUGAUUAUAACGGAUUGACGCCCCAGAAGCUGGAUGAGGAGGAGAAGUCUAUCGUGGAGUUUUUGGUGUUGAAUAAGGCGAGCCCUAGCCAGUUCGGGUGUCAAGUGCUUUGCACGUGGCUGGAAAACUGCCUGAAGUUAGAAAAAGGGACAGUGGAGACGUGUGGGAUCGUGUACACGAAAUGCACAUGUCCUCAGCAUUUAGGCGAUGGGGAGUCAGAGAGCGUGCUCAUGCUCAACAAUGUGGUUUUACCUCUGAACCCACAAACGGAAGGUUGCCUGUCCCCUCAACUGCAAGCUGGGCAGAUCUGCAACCUGAGUGCGGAAGUGAAGCGGCCUCCUAAGGAAGAAUAUGGAAUGAUCGGAGAGCAUACAGUAAAAAGUCAGCGGCCAAGAUCAGUUCAUGACACAAAGGCCCUGCAGGAGCAAGCUGAAUCUGCUAAAUUUAUGGCACAAACUGGUGAAUCAGGUGCAGAGGAGUGGUCCCAGUGGAGCUCAUGCUCUGUAACAUGCGGUCAAGGGUCGCAGGUGCGAACAAGAACAUGUGUCUCACCAUACGGAACACACUGCAGCGGCCCUUUAAGAGAAUCAAGGGUUUGCAAUAACACUGCCCCUUGUCCAGUACACGGUGUGUGGGAGGAGUGGUCACCAUGGAGCCUGUGCUCAUUCACGUGCGGCCGAGGGCACCGCACUAGGACUAGGAUGUGUUCUCCUCCCCAGCAUGGAGGCAGGGCCUGUGACGGACCCGAGACCCAGACUAAGCUUUGCAACAUAGCCCUGUGCCCAGUGGACGGACAGUGGCAGGAGUGGAGCUCUUGGAGCGAUUGCUCGGUGACCUGUGCCAAUGGCACUCAGCAGAGGACCAGGCAGUGCUCAGCGGCAGCCCAUGGGGGAUCUGAGUGUCGCGGUCACUGGGCAGAAAGCAGAGAGUGCCAUAAUCCUGACUGCACAGCUAACGGCCAGUGGAAUCCCUGGGGUCCUUGGAGCGGCUGCUCCAAGUCCUGCGACGGCGGCUGGCAGAGGCGGGCGCGGGUGUGUCAGGGCGCGGCGGUGACCGGGCAGCAGUGCGACGGCAACGGGGAGGAGGUGCGAAAGUGCAGCGACCAACGCUGCCCAGCGCCGUAUGAGAUCUGCGGCGAGGACUAUGCAGUGUCGAUGGUGUGGAGGCGGACGCCGUCUGGAGAGAUGGCCUUUAACCGAUGCCCACCCAACGCCACAGGCACCACCAGUCGACGCUGCUCUUUGGAUCACCGCGGCAUGGCCUUCUGGGAGCAGCCCAGCUAUGCUCGAUGCAUAACAAAUGAAUUCAGAUACUUGCAGCAAUCAGAGGUUCAGGGGCACCUCGCCAAGGGCCAGCGGGGGCUGGCGGGGGAUGGGAUGUCCCAGGUGACGAAGAACCUGCUGGACCUCACCCAAAGGAGGAACUUCUACGCCGGCGACCUGCUGUCUUCCGUGGAGAUACUGCGUAACGUGACGGAGACCUUCAAGAGGGCCAGCUAUGAGCCGUCGUCAGACGACGUACAGAACUUCUUUCAGAUAAUCAGCAACCUCUUGGAGGAGGAAAAUAAAGAGAAGUGGGAAGACGCACAAAAGAUCUAUCCUGGAGCAGUGGAGCUCAUGCAGGUCAUAGAGGAAUUCAUCCACAUUGUUGGACUGGGCAUGAAGGACUUCCACAACGCCUACCUGAUGACUGGGAACUUGGUGGCCAGCAUCCAGAGACUUCCGGCGGUGUCCGUGAUGACUGACAUCAACUUCCCCAUGAAGGGUCGUAAAGGCAUGGUCGACUGGGCCAGGAACUCCGAAGAUAAAGUGGUCAUCCCAAAGGGCCUCUUUGUUUCCCAGUCAGCAGAUAUGGAGGGAUCUCCUGUGUUCAUCUUGGGAACAGUCCUCUACAAGACGCUGGGCCUCAUGCUACCUUCACCAAAGAACCACACCGUUGUGAACUCCAAGGUCAUCGCCGUGACCGUGAGGCCGGAGCCCAAGGCGACCGAGUCGCACCUGGAGAUCGAGCUGGCUCACCUGGCAAACGGUACAAUGAACCCGUACUGCGCUCUGUGGGACAGCACCAUAAUGAACGAUUCUUGGGGAGCCUGGUCCACAAAAGGAUGUAAAACGGUGCUUACAGAUGCCUCCCAUACAAAAUGCUUAUGUGAUCGCGUGUCUACCUUCGCCAUUUUGGCUCAGCAACCAAGAGAAAUAACCAUGGAGUACUCAGGGGUCCCGUCUGUGACAUUGAUAGUUGGCUGUGGUCUCUCUUGCCUCGCCUUGAUCACACUGGCAGUGAUCUAUGCUGUGCUAUGGAGAUACAUCCGCUCCGAACGGUCCAUCAUCCUGCUCAACUUCUGCUUAUCUAUAAUCUGCUCCAACAUAUUGAUCCUGGUUGGACAAACACAGACCCACAAUGCGGGCGUGUGCAUCAUGACCACGGCCUUCCUGCACUUCUUCUUCCUGGCGUCGUUCUGCUGGGUCCUCACCGAGGCCUGGCAGUCCUACAUGGCGGUGACAGGAAAGGUCCGGACCCGGCUCAUCCGCAAGCGCUUUCUGUGCCUGGGCUGGGGAUUACCAGCCUUAGUGGUUGCCGUUUCAAUGGGAUUCACCAAAACAAAAGGCUACGGGACGCCCUUAUACUGUUGGCUGUCUUUGGAGGGUGGGCUCCUCUACGCCUUCGUUGGACCCGCGGCUGCUGUUGUUCUGGUCAACAUGGUGAUCGGGAUCUUGGUUUUCAAUAAGCUGGUGUCCAGAGACGGCAUCCUGGACAAGAAGCUGAAGCACCGAGCAGGGUAUGACAGCACGUCCUUGCAGAUGAGCGAGCCGCACACGGGGCUGACCCUCAAGUGCGCCAAGUGCGGCGUGGUGUCCACCACGGCGCUGUCGGCGACCACGGCCAGCAACGCCAUGGCCUCCCUGUGGAGCUCCUGCGUGGUCCUCCCCCUGCUGGCUCUCACCUGGAUGUCCGCCGUGCUCGCCAUGACGGACAAGCGCUCCAUCCUCUUUCAGAUCCUCUUCGCCGUCUUCGACUCGCUGCAGGGCUUCGUCAUCGUCAUGGUGCACUGCAUCCUGCGCAGGGAGGUCCAGGACGCCUUCAGGUGCCGGCUCCGAAACUGCCAGGACCCGAUCAGCGGCGACGCGACGGGGACCUUCCCUAAUGGACACGCUCAGAUAAUGACGGACUUUGAGAAAGACGUGGACAUCGCCUGCCGAUCAGCGCUGCACAAAGACAUGGGCUCUUGUCGCGCUGCCACCAUAACAGGCACCCUCUCCCGCAUUUCUCUCAAUGAUGAAGAGGACGAGAAGGCCCCGGAGGGCCUCAACUACUCCACGUUGCCUGGCAACAUCAUCUCCAAAGUGAUCAUCCAGCAGCCGUCGGCGCUGCACAUGCCGAUGGGGGUGGGCGAUCUGAAGGAGCAGUGCAUGGGCGACAGCGGCGCCGACAUGCGCCGCACCGUGUACCUGUGCACCGACGACGCCAUGCGCCAGAGCGACCAGGACAUGGGCGGCCACGACCUGGACGGCCACGGCGUGCAGGCCCAGAUGAUGGAGACGGACUACAUAGUCAUGCCCCGGGCGGCGGCGGCGGCGGCGGGGCCGGGCGGCGUGCCCACGCUCCUGAAGGAGGACAAGAUGAACAUCGCCAUGGAGACGCUGCCGCACGAGAGGCUGAUGCACUACAAGAUGAGCCCCGACUUCAACAUCAGCCCGUCGGGGAUGGAGCACAUGAGCGUGGGCCUGGAGCAGCAGUACGCGGGCGCCCCGGAGCCCAUGCAGAACCUGCCCUUCGAGCCCCGCACGGCGGUCAAGAACUUCCUGGCCGAGAUGGAGGAGAGCGCGGGGCUCUCGAGGAGCGAGACGGGGUCCACGAUAUCUAUGAGCUCCUUAGAGAGACGAAAAUCCCGGUAUUCCGAUCUGGACUUCGAGAAAGUCAUGCACACCAGGAAAAGACACAUGGAGCUGUUCCAGGAACUGAAUCAGAAAUUUCAAACCCUGGACCGAUUUCGAGACAUACCAAAUAUGGGCAGCAUGCAGUAUAGCUGCAGAGGAUCUCAUGCCACUAACACCACACCCCACUGGCCAUGUUCACAGGACAAGGCAAUGCCAAACAAGAACCCAUGGGAGAGCUACAAUCCAGCCUGUGAGUACCAGAAUUACGCCACUAUGAAUGUACUAGAAUCUGACACCAAGGACUCACUGGAGAUGACGCCUGCAGAGUGGGAAAAGUGUGUCAACUUACCCUUAGACGUCCAGGAGGGGGACUUCCAGACAGAGGUCUAGAGGGUGACGAAGGAGAAAAUGCAAAAGUAGGAAGGAGGGAGAAAGCGAUGUAUUUUGCACUGAACAAAGCAACAGACUUUUCUAACAGCCUUGGCAUACAUAUCUGGAUAAUACGAGCGUGGCAGGGACAUUACGUGCCAAUACAAUACACGGACUGGAGAGAGACAAAAAAAGAAAAAAGGGAAAAAAACAUCAGUGUUACUUUUUGUAUUCUCACUAGUGUACUUAGUGUGGGGCAGCCUGGUGUACAAUAUUUACCAUCAUGUGUUUCAAAUUAUCUGUUGAGGAAUUGGCUAAAAAACGUAAUCUCUCUAGAUGAAACCUCACAAAGCAAAGACAUGCCAUGUCGUCCCAGCUUCAUCGGGUCUAGUUUUGAUUUCAUAAAAACUGGACCUGGGAGCACAAUGUAUAUAUUUAUGCAGGUUUUUAAAAAGUUUAUAACAGUCUGUUUGGCCAUUACUACACUUUUUACUUUAUAAUAUAAAACAUGGGAGGCAAAGAGGAUUUUUUCUGUCAUAUUAAAAUGAAUGUUUGUCAAGCUACAUUCUUCAUUGCUUUAAAUGCAAUAAAGAUAAUACUCACUUUUAUAUAAAUAAUAUAUUUCACAACUUUAAUACUGCAGAAUCUGCUUGAAGGAUCCCAGCAAGCUCUCUCAUCUGCAGCCCUGUAUAAAAUAUUUAAAAACAAAAUGUUGUAUGGUGUAAAUAAACUUUUGUCUACAUAUGUUUUACUUGUGCCAAUUUAUUUUAAUGAGAAAAAAUGCCAACCUGAUCAAAAGUUAUAGCGAAAAAUGUUAACAUUUGAAAAGGAAUGUAAAUAAAAGAGGAAAUAUGUUCGUACUGCUUCA